AUGCACAACUGCCACCCGUUAACCAGAGAAAGAGAGAGAAAUCCAAAGAAAACAAUUCCUUCUCACACGCAGGCUUAAGGCUUUCUUUCUCUCUUUCUCUCUCUCUAAAAAGAAAAUACUAAUACACCUCACAACAGCUUUUUCCACAUCCCCUAUGCUCUUGCUCUAAUCUUUCUACAUUUCUUUCUUUUUUUCCAUUUGGGUUUUUGUUUCUAUUCCCAAAUCAAAUCUUCCCGUUUCUUUGCAACGAUAUAGGGUUAUCUACUUCUCCGGUUUCUCUCACUCUCCACCGAUAAAGAAGAAUCACUCGUCUUCUUCCAUUGAGAUCUUACGGGUGCGAAAAAGUUCAUUCAUUUUUUUUUAUUGAUUUGGGUCUACCCUCGAUUGAUUUGAGGGUGAUCUGUUUGUUUAAUCGAUUGGGGGGAGUUUUAGAUUUGGAUGACGUCUACUUUAUCAAAAUAUCUCGAUAAAGUCUAUACGAUGGCAGAAGGGGGAUCUCGUUAUUGCUCUAAAAAAUCUGACGAUAUCUGUGGUGAUAUUUGCGAUGAGGAUUCAGGAAAGCCUUCCACCAUGGCAAGAUUACGAUGCAUUCUACGAGGACUCGAGCUCAAAACCAUCAUCUUCCUUUUCGUAAUGGUCCCAAGCAUCAUCCUCGGUUUAUACAUCCACGGACAAAAAGUCUCCUACUUUUUACGACCCUUAUGGGAAUCACCACCAAAACCCUUCCACGAAAUCCCCCACUACUAUCACGAAAACGUAUCAAUGGAAAAUCUCUGCAAACUCCAUGGCUGGGGCACACGAGAGUUCCCAAGGCGUGUAUUUGAUGCAGUAUUAUUCAGUAAUGAAGUCGACCUUUUAACAAUAAGAUGGCACGAAUUAUACCCUUAUGUCACCGAAUUUGUCCUCCUUGAAUCAAACUCCACAUUCACAGGAAUCCCAAAGCCUCUAGUGUUCGCCAGUCAACAAGAUAAGUUCAAAUUCGUGGCCCCACGUUUAACAUAUGGUCAAAUUCCAGGAAGAUUUCAAAAGGGUGAAAACCCUUUUGUUGAAGAAGCAUACCAAAGACUUGCAUUGGAUUUUCUCUUGAAGAAAGCCGGGAUUCAAGAUGAUGAUUUGUUGAUCAUGUCAGAUGUUGAUGAGAUUCCAAGUCGACAUACAAUCAAUCUGUUGAGAUGGUGUGAUGACAUCCCUCAAAUUCUUCAUCUUCGAUUAAAAAAUUACUUAUAUUCGUUUGAAUUUCUGUUGGAUAACAAUAGUUGGAGGGCAUCUGUUCACAGAUAUCAAUCGGGAAAAACAACGUAUGCUCAUUAUCGACAAUCUGACAUAAUGUUGGCGGAUGCAGGGUGGCAUUGUAGCUUUUGUUUUCGCCACAUCAGCGAGUUCAUCUUCAAAAUGAAAGCUUAUAGUCAUGUCGAUAGAGUGAGGUUCAAUAAGUUUUUGAAUCCUACGAGGGUUCAAAAGGUAAUUUGCAAAGGGUCGGAUCUUUUCGAUAUGCUUCCGGAAGAGUACACGUUUAAAGAAAUCAUCGGGAAAAUGGGACCCAUUCCACAUUCCUAUUCAGCUGUUCAUCUUCCUGCACAUCUUAUAGAAAACGCAGAUAAAUACAGAUUUCUUUUACCUGGGAAUUGUAUAAGAGAAAGUGGGUGAUAAUUAAUGUCUUCUUCUUCUUCUUCUUUUUUUUUUCUUCUUCUUCUUCUUCUUCUGUGUAAAGAUUUGAGCUUUGAAGUUGAAAGAGGUGGUGUCUUGCAACUUUGACCAAACAAUAGUCAACUCUGGUAUGUGUUUUCUUGCUAUUGUUUAGUGUGGGGCCGGAUGGGUUGAUGGAGUGUACAUAGUGAUGUUUAUCUUUUCGCUUGUUUAUUGGUAGAAGAACUUUAUUUUCAGAAUCUUGGCAUAGUGAUUUGCUGAGUUUUUGUGGGUUGGAGGUUGUGCUUUCAUGGAGAUGAGAUUCAUGGGGUUGUUUGUUUAAAACUUGGCAAUGGUCAUGAGAGAUGUUUUUGAGGUUUGUUUGCCUUCCCUCCCCCCAGAGAGAUAGUUAAGUUCAGGAAGUUUCGGGAUUCUGUUAUAUUAGGAAAUUUUGAAUCUGAGACUUAUAUGUUAUUAAUAAUUAUUAUUAUUAUUAUUCAAGUUUGUGUUUAAGUUUUAA